AAAUAUUUUCACCGAACUAUCUACUCACACUUUAUAACAUUCCCCUUUUAUUAUUAUUCACUGUUUAAAACGUUUGUAUGUUUCAAAUAUCACUACGCCGUGUCUGGCUGAAGGAUUGUCAUUUAACGACGGCAAAUUAUAGGCGGAGUGAAUGUUUCUCCUAAUACAAGAUCUCUGCUCCGGUGCUGACGUGCGUUGGUCCGUCACGUGACCUGUGGAAUGUUAACAAUGCAGCGAGUGUCCAACUUUGUGCUGCAUUUCUGAUCCUGCCUGGAGUCUAGGCAGAAAAUGGAGGCUCAUUUCAUCACAUUUAGCCCGCUGCUCCGUCUUCGCCGACCUCCUCCGCUCCGUGUUCGCACUUAGCCGCCGUCAGAAGUCGACUUUUAACGGAAUUUGCACCCGAGUCUUGACUUUUUCCUUAUUCCUAUUAUCACAUGGCGCACACUGGCAUCAUGGUUUGGCUCUGCAUUGCCCACACCCGCGGCUGCAUUUCCUGGAACAAGCUGCAACCUGAGCCUUGAGGCUCCCACCAUGGAAUGCUUGUAGAAUCCAGGAUCGCCUCCGUCUGCUCCAUCAGGACUUAGAAACACAGUCAGAGGGAAACGACGCAAGAGGCGGACUUCUAAAUCUGGGUUUCUGCGCUGAGCUCCUGGAGGCCUUUUAUCUAUUUAGGUCAGCUGGGUGGAGAGGGUCCAGUUGAGCGAGUGCCAGUUGGUGUGUGGUAGUCUCCCCCGAUUUAGAGUAGGUGCCUGCCCGGGGGUGGGGGGACACUGAGGCCAUGAGGCCCAAGACGUUCCCAGCUGCCCCGUACGUGGGCAACACACGGCAGAGGCUCCAGGAGAUCAAGGAGGGCCUGAAGCAGCCGGCCAAGCUGGUGAGCCAGGCGCUGCACGGCGGGAGCUCCCGGUCCGAGGGGAGCAGGGCGGCCGACUCCAAGAGUGGGAAGGACACGGCCAACCGGCAGCAGCAGCUCCGGCCGCCGCAGAAAUUCAACAACUAUCAGAGCGCCCUGCGAGAAAUCCGCAGGUCCCUCAUGCCGUUCGCCAACGAGUCGGGGGAGGCCGGAGAGGUGAACAGGCAGAUGCUGCAGGAGCUCGUCAACGCUGGCUGCGACCAGGAAAUGGCAGUGCGGGCACUGAAGCAGACUGGAAGCAGGAAUAUCGAAGCGGCCUUGGAGUACAUCAGUAAAAUGGGUUACCUUGACCCUCGCAACGAGCUCAUUGUUCGGGUCAUUAAGCAGACUUCACCGGGAAAAGCCGGCAUGCCGAACGGGAUGGACCACCGUCCCGCUUUAGAGGUUCCGGGUGAGGGCGGCGCCCUGAAUCCAUAUCAUCAAAUGGGGGCUCAGAUGUAUGACGGGGCAGCAGGUUACGGCCCUGAGAGCGACCUGACCAGAGCCUACAUGGGCGCUCCCCCUGUCAUUAACUACAUGAUGCCCCCGUCGAGCACGGCUCAGGGCCCCGCUAUGGGCAACCCGAUGGGCCGGCCUCCCAGCAUGGGCAGCUAUCCUCCGGGGAUGCCCACCCAGAGCAACCCGGGCAGCGCCAUGUACCCACCGGGCGCCCCGCAGAAGGCCUACCCCGGCAGCAUGGAGCAGCACGGGCACAUGAUGAGCUACAAUGUCCCUGGUCAGCCGCUGCAGCUCCAGCCGCAGCCACCAGGGGGACCCGUCCCGGGCCCGCACUACGACUACGCUCAUGCCAGGCAGCAUAUGAUGGAACCAGCCGGAUACGCGGUCAAGAGGACCCCGUCCUUCCAGAACAAGAUGCAACCGCCCCCAAUGGGACCUCCAGACAACUACGUCAACAUGCAGGCGAAAGGGGCGAUGUCUCAGAAUGGGACGGCGGGCGGAGGAUACCCGGCCAACCUGUACCUGUCCUCUCACUCCCACCCCCGCCAGGCCAGCCCCACGUCCCACCAGGUCCACAUGAUGUCCCGGUCCCCCGGCGGCGUGCCACCCAUGGGCCCUGAGUUCUCAGACCUGCCUCAGGGUAUGAUGACCCCCUCCAGAGCCAGCCUCAACCUGGACCUGUAUGAGCACCACUGGGCCGGCCCUCCGGGUGCUGACGGGACCCCGGCAGCCAGGCAGCCCCAGCCACAGGGCCCGUGUAGAGGGGAAGUACGGGUUCCCAGCAGAACAAAUUCCUUCAACAGCCGCUCCGCUGCUCCGAACGGCGUUAGACCGACCAUGACUGCGCCCCCGACCGCCGGGAAGCAGGACUCCUCUAUGGGACCUCCAAACACCAUCACAGCUGUGACGUCCCCACCCAUCCAACAGCCAGUCAAGAGCAUCCGCGUGAUGCGACCAGAACCCAAAACGGCGGUGGGUCCGUGCCAUCCUGGCUGGAUGGCGGCUCAGGCGCCGGACGCGGCAGAACCUCUGCCCUACAUGCCAGAGGAGACUUAUCCACUAGAGCCCGCCCAGGAGCAGCGCUGCCCCCCUCCACCUUACCCAAAGAACCUGCUUAUACCCGCGGGGGAGCCGGGGGUUCUGGAAGGAGGCGGCGCUAGCGGGCCAGAUCUCAGCAACGCCACCGCCAGAGGUGGCCGCAGUGGCAGCGGCGGGAGCAGGAAGGCCGAGGAAAGCCAUCAGGUCAAAGAGAAGACGAAGGCGGGCAAGGGAGAGAAAGCGGUGAAAGACAAGAAGCAGAUCCAGACGUCACCCGUUCCCGUCAGAAAGAACGGACGGGACGAGGAGAAGAGAGAGUCGCGCAUCAAAACCUACUCGCCUUUCGCCUUCAAGUUCUACAUGGAGCAGCACAUCGAGAACGUGAUGAAGACCUACCAGCAGAAACUCAACCGGAGGCUGCAGCUGGAACAGGAGAUGUCCAAGGCUGGCCUGUCGGAAGCAGAGCAGGGGCAGAUGAGGAAAAUGCUGAACCAAAAGGAGUCCAACUACAACCGACUACGCCGGGCCAAAAUGGACAAGUCCAUGUUCAUCAAAAUCAAGACUCUCGGCAUCGGCGCCUUCGGUGAAGUGUGCCUUACGCGGAAAGUUGACACCGGUGCACUUUAUGCCAUGAAAACGCUGCGCAAGAAAGAUGUCCUCAACCGCAACCAGGUGGCCCAUGUAAAAGCGGAGCGUGACAUCCUGGCGGAAGCAGACAACGAGUGGGUGGUGCGUCUCUACUACUCCUUCCAGGACCGCGACAGCCUCUACUUUGUCAUGGACUACAUCCCCGGAGGAGACAUGAUGAGCCUCCUCAUCCGGAUGGGGGUCUUCCCCGAACACCUGGCGCGCUUCUACAUAGCCGAGCUGACGCUGGCCAUCGAGAGCGUCCACAAGAUGGGUUUCAUCCACCGCGACAUCAAGCCCGACAACAUCCUCAUCGACUUGGACGGUCACAUCAAGCUGACGGACUUCGGCCUCUGCACGGGCUUCCGUUGGACGCACAACUCCAAAUACUACCAGAAAGGGAGUCACAUCAGGCAGGACAGCAUGGAGCCCAGCGACUCCUGGGACGACGUAUCCAACUGUCGCUGUGGCGACCGGCUGAUGACGCUGGAGCAGCGCGCCAACCGGCAGCACCAGCGCUGCCUGGCUCACUCAUUGGUUGGAACGCCAAAUUACAUCGCCCCGGAGGUUCUGCUGCGCAAAGGCUACACUCAGUUGUGUGACUGGUGGAGUGUGGGAGUGAUUCUUUUUGAGAUGCUGGUGGGACAACCACCUUUCCUCGCUCCAACACCUACCGAGACUCAGAUUAAGGUCAUCAAUUGGGAGAGCACCCUCCAGGUGCCGCCGCAGGUCAAGCUAAGCCCAGAGUCUGUGGAUAUCAUCGGUCGACUGUGCUGUUCCGCCGAGGAGCGUCUGGGCGCCAACGGCUCCGGUGAGAUCAAGGCCCACCCUUUCUUCUCUGAGGUGGACUUCUCCAGUAACCUGCGCCAACAGCUGGCUCCCUACCGGCCCAAGAUCGCCCACCCCAUGGACACAUCCAACUUUGACCCCGUGGAGGAGGAGGGGGUUCCCGGGGCGUGGAGCGACAGCGGCGACAGCACCCGGGCCCUGGACGUGCUCUGCUCGCCGCACGGCAAGCACCCGGAGCACGCCUUCUACGAGUUCACAUUCCGGAGGUUCUUCGACGACCACGGCUGCCCCUUCCGCUACCCGAAGCCCCCCGAGGCCGACGCCUGCCUGAGCGUCCCCGGCGUGGGCCCGGAGGAGGGCGAGGAGACGGAGGAAGAGGAAGAUGACGAAGAGGAAGGAGAGGGAGGGGAGGGAUGUGAGCCGGUGUACGUCUAGAGCCGUUUGCUCUUCACUGCCGCUGGAGGUGUGUGUCGGUGUGGAGAGGCUGAACAUGUCUGUGUAAAGCAGGAGCAGGAUGAGAGGCACAUCGCCCCCUAGUGGGCUGACUGCAAAUCUCCUCCAAUCUGGGACCAACUAACAGCAGAAAGAAAGAAACCAAGAGGAAGCAGACAGGAGUUGAAUAUCAUUAUUAUUAUUAUUGUUAUUAUUCCUGGAGGACUGGUUUUCUGUGUCUGGUUCUCCCAGCGGUUUCCUGUCCCAUUCCUUCCACCGUCGGUCUUACGGAUGAUUGAAACACCUGGAGGACUGCUUCUUGUUCUGCUGCUUUACACUCACGGCGAUGGGACAGGUGGAACCAGUUUACGGACUGACUGCGUCUCCAUCACAGCUUCUGCAAAAUAAGCUAAAAAGACUCACAUGCACGGCCACGCUUACUCAGUAUAACCCCGGACGUACAGCGCCUCCUCGUCUUGGGUUCAUGAACCUUGACCUUUUUUUCACUUUUUGCCAUGUUGACAAUCACAAACCUCAGUUUAUUAUUAGAUUUUAUGUGAUUGACCAACUGAAAGUAGCACAUAAUUGUGAAGUGGAAUGAAAGAGAUAUUCAAAUGAAAAUCUGAAAAGUGUGGCACACAUUUCUACUCACAACCAAUGAGUUGAAACAUUUUUGUUGCAUGCUUACCAGCUGGAGACUUUGCUUCCAAGUAGAGCAGCUGCUGUUAACUAUUUUAUUUAAUUUCUUUUGCCACAGAUUCUUGAUUGGGCUUACGUCUAGACUUUGACUGGGCCAUUCUAACACAUGAAUAGUAUUUGAUCUAUACCAAUGGUUUCUGUUUGUUUCCCAGGUGAUGUGCACAACGAAUUUAUUUUGUUUUCAGGUCGUCUACAUGGUUUGUUCCAAACUGAACUCUAGACUUGCCGGUCUUCCACACAGUCAGAAUUUUUGGAUUGCACUAGAUUACAUUUCAGGCGAUCAAGAAUAAAUGGGACUGAAUACAAAUGCACACCACACUUUUUAGAUUAAUUUGCAAAUAAAAAGCGUCCACUUCACAGUUUUGCCCUACUUUGUGUUGGUCUAACACAUAGUAACCAUGGAAGUCUGUGUUGGUAACGUGACAAAAAAUGUAAAAAAGGUGUGAAUACUUUAUUCUUUAUCGGUGUUUUGAUGCCGUCUCUCACAAAGUGUCCGGGACAGGCUGUCCUCAAAAUCACAAAAAGGUGUUCAGUGAAACUAACGUAUUCUUUAGAGUGUUUAGCGCCAUCUAGCGGAUGUAGAUGAACCUGCCUCGUUUUGUGCCAAAUUUAAUUCAGGGAGUCUCCUCCUCUUCCUCCUCCUCUUCCUCCUCCUCCGUCGUGUACGGAGACGUUUAUUCCUGUUCUGUAUUCUGACCGUGUCGAGGUUCAGCUCAGGUCGGUCUUGACUUUGCAUUAGGUUUUAAAAACACAAAAGCAGAUUUUGAUCUAGACUGAAACACUGCAGUGAUGUUUUUAAAAAAAGAAGAAAAAUACUUCUUUCUUUUAGGUAAAUUUUGUCAGGACUUGUUGGGCCACGUUUUUCUCACUACGUUUGACUUUUUCUUUAUUUUUACAAGAAAACACGGGCCUGUUCGUAACUACGUACACUCAGGCUCAUGAAGAUGGACUUAUAACCUGAAGCUCCGAUAUCCAAACACAGUAAAAAUGCACCGAUCAGAGUUUUGUGGCCAAUUUCCGACAUAGUUUUUGUAAAAAUCUAUGUGAAUCUACAUGAAAUCGCAAUAUCUGUCGAUAUUGUGAUUUCUUUUUAAAACUCUUACAUAGGAAAUGUUUUUGGUUUUUUUAUGUGUAGCCUUCCUGUUAUGAGUGAUCUUUAUUUAUACUGCGAGAGAAAGAGAGAGCUGUCACUGAAAAACAGAUGUACUGUUUUAAAACCAAAAUUAAAUGAUUACAGUCGUGAUAUUUUUUGAAGUAUUAGCACUUAGCCCGCGAAACCAAAAAGGGCAGCAAAUAUUUCCAAAUCCAGUUUAUUACAGGCCAGAUAAAGUUGAAAGCUUCACAGGAUAAAAACUAAAUGAACCACGAGUCAUAGGAAAUAGUUUCCUUUUUUAAAUGGCUUCUCAUAUCUCCGAAACAGCCAACUUUGAGUCUUCAUUCAGUAACAACGUCCACACCGAAGAGUGUGGCGACCCUUUAGCACUUGCGUUUCUGCCUACGUGUCCGGUUCUCGACGUCAGAUGUUUUGUAUUCGUAGAUUGAAAACUUUUCACUGGGGCUGAGGAUAUUGUUACGCUGACUUAAUUCGUCCGUCUGAGCAUGAAAGAACUAGAAAAUAUCACAAAACAUCCAAAUAUGAACCGAAAACUAAAACAUAAAGGACAUUUGCACAAAGACGAACGGAUGUCCAGCUACUUCGCAAAAAAAGUCAGCCCCCUGCAGUUGUGUUGCAUCUUAGCCGUCCUCCUGUCGUGCUUUCGGAGGCGGCCACGAAAAACGAACCAAACAUGUGAGACAGUGUGACUAUGUGCAAUACAAAAUGACAUGUAUAUAGUUUUGUAAACGCAAAAUACCAUUUUAGAAGUUCAGAAAUGUACAAAUAUAUUGAUUUAUAUAAAUAUAUAAUUGUCUUUUUAUCGGUUGGAAGAUGCUGCUUAUCAUUGUGGUUAAUAUUAUUUACAUGACGUGUUCUGUCUCCUGGUUUUGUUACAGUUUUAAAGAACGAGUGUUUGUGCUCUGAAAGUUUCUAACCCGAGUGUUGUAGCGCGUGUGGCCACUCGACGACGAAGUAGGCGAAUGUGAUGAUGAUGAUGAUUAUGAUGAUGACGGUGAUGAUGGUGGUGUGUGUUUGCAGAACAUUGGCGGUGGGGCUUCUGGACUCCUUCGGCCGGGCUGGUCCCGACCGGCGGAGACCGGAGCGGUUCAGAGGAAGACGGAGCCGAAACGUUAGAUGAAAAUGUUUAAUGCAGGUUGGAUUCAGUUAUUUUAUCCUUAAGUUGACUUCUCUAAUACACAGAGCUUCAAAACGUUCUCUGUUAUUUAUCCCGAGACGUUGGCGUCGUCUGUCUUUGUCACAGAGCGGCGCCGCGUUGGAGUCCGAGCUCCGCUUCUCACCAUCUCGCAUCGUUUCGCUGUUUGACAAUCACCAAAUCAGCAAAUGCUCUCUAUUGUGCCGUAACCGAGUUUUUUGGGGGGUUUUUUAAUCGGUUGAAACCAAACUGCUCCUGAAACGUUCUGACUUCAUUCUCCCUUUUUUUUAAAUUUAUUUUUAUUUUUAUUUUAUCAGAAAGUCACAACUGUUUAAGUACUUUCCUGAUUGAUGGUAGCUGUGGGUUUAACAUGGUUCUGCAGAAGAGUGUGUUGGUUUGUUUUUGCUUGACAAUGUUUUGAUUUUAUAUCACUAUUUGUAUAAAUGUGCCUUUUCCUUUUUCCUAUCCUAAGUAACACAAUCUUAAGACUGCCUUGUUUUUUGUAGUUUUUU